GUCAUUUUGAUCUUUAGAACAGUGAGUAAUAUAAAUUUUAAUUUUAAAAAUAGAUUAGAGCCACAUCAGAGAUUGUUCAGCUCUUUAAAUAGCUAUAAUUACCAAUCUCUCUCUUGUUAUUUCGUUUUAGUUAACCUCAUUCCAAAUCGCCAAGAUGAGUUUGCAGUGGACAAUUAUCGCCGGGUUUUUGUACGCAGAAAUCGCAGUAGUACUCCUUCUGGUACUCCCUGUUGCUUCACCAAGAAGAUGGAAUUCUUUCUUCAAAUCGAAGUUUUUGCAAGGAUUACAGAAGCAGGCCGGAUUUUACUUCUUGAUGCUUCUGGGUAUUUUAGUAUUGUUCCUUCUUGACGCCAUUAGAGAAAUGAGAAAAUAUUCUAAUCUAGAAGCUGAAGAACAUGGCCAUGCUCACCUUGAUCGUGAGAUGCAAGGCAGCAUGAGACUCUUCAGAGCUCAACGUAACUUCUAUAUAUCUGGUUUUGCUUUGUUCCUGUCACUUGUCAUCAGAAGACUUGUUAUUCUUAUCUCUGAACAAGCUACUUUACAAGCCCAGUCAGAAGCAUCAAUGAGACAAGCCCAAAGUGCAACUACUGCAGCUAAGAGUUUAUUGGCCCAACGUGGAGAAGUAGCACAAAAUGAGAGUAAUGAAGCUCAUGACCAGGUAAACGAACUCAAGACAAAAAUUCAGAAACUUGAAGACGAAUUAAAAACAGAACAGACAGAUAAGACUGCCAUAAAGACUCAAGCUGAGAAUUUGGCCAAGGAAUAUGACAGAUUGGCCGAGGAGCACAGCAAACUACAAAAGAAGCUGACAGUCCAGGGAGCUGAAAAGAAAGGCGAAUAAUGUACAUUAAAAAACGUUGAUUGCACAUCCUAUAACUAUCUAUAAUAAAAGCUUUGGUUGUAACAAGCUCUAGUGUAAAUAAGAUAAGACUUGGUGAUUGGCUAUAGUGAGAGAUAUGCUAUUUUUUAAUAAUAUUCGAAUAGUAGAUAAAAAAUUUGUCUUGAAAUUAGUUUUUCAAAAUCUUUAUUUUUUCAUUUUUAUUAGAGGUCACGUGGAGAAAGUUUUUUAUUAAUAUGGUUAAGAACUUUGAAAGAACUGCACUGGUUUUCAACCAGUUCAACCCUUUACAUUAGAUAAACAUACACUAAGGUGAUUUUUAUACAAUCUAUUCCAUCAUGCAGAUGUGUCAUAACUAUCCCGCCGAUCUGUUAACGACCAGAUCGAUUAAAAACCUCAUAAAUAUCGUUGAUAUGCCUAAACGUAAACAUACUAUCAGCAGGCCUUGUUUCAUUGAUCCAGUAGACCAGACAAAUCUUUUAAAAAUCUACUUUGUGUGUACCUUCCUACAUACACGAAUAUAUUGUCCCUAGAAUUGUUAUGUAUGUCGUUUUGACUGAUGAUUUUUUGACAUAAUAAGUGAUUGUAGUACACAUAGCAGAUAUUAAAAUCGUUAAAUCGUUUGAAUCACAAUGCGUACUUGCAUAAACUCUUAUAUUGAGUGACUUUUCAUUUCCAAUAAUCAGUGAUUUUUCUGAAUACAUUGGAAACAUCUCACAGAUGUUUUAUGUGAUCAGCAGUUUUCGUUGAGUUUGAAGAACUAUUUGUAUGUAGCUGAUUUUAGAAUUUUCAGUGUCUACUGCAUUUAUUUAUUAUGUCAAUUGCAGGAUAAUGUUUUUGGUGUUCUGAUGUUAUCUUUGUAUUCCAUUUGUUUUUAAUUUAUUAUAAUUUUUUUGAAUAACAUGAGUUUGUAUAAUUUAAUAAAAUAAAUCCAUUUUAAAAAAGGAG